AUGCUAAAUUCUCUUUUCAUUAAUCACCAAGAUCAAAAGGAAGCUUUGGCCAUCGAGCGUCGACGAAGGUUUGAAGAAUCACGAAAACAGCGCAUCUUUAAUGCCAGACGACGUCUUAUUGGGGUGGACACCGAUGCCCUCGGGUAUCAGAUCCAGGAAAAGCAUGAAGCGGAACAAGCGCACGCAGAACAGCAGCGCAAAAUUGCGGAAGAAAUGCGCCGCCAGGAGCAAGUUCUUCUGAUGAAGCAACACGAACAGCGCCAGGAACGCAUUCGCGAGCAGAACGAACUUAACCGUUUCCGCGAGUCGCACCAAAAACCGGAACAAUCCCGUGACUUUGACCUUUUCGAUCCGAACGGAUUGAAGAAAUCCCUCCCGGCCCGAAUCGGUGAUGAUGAUCCGCGACUAAGCGUUUCCGGUGCACAAAUAUUUGACGGUGAAGAUCUAGAAGAACGCCACCGACGGAAGGUGCAGAUCGAACAGCAACGGUCCUGGCUGGAACAACAGAUUCGCGAAAAACGCCAAGCCGAGAUCGAUCGUCGAGCAGCAGAAAAGUUCCUGGAAGACUCACUAAUGUCACGAGAAAACCGACUCCAUCAGCUUGCAUCCCAGGAACGGUACGCGAGGGGCAAAAUCCAUGAAGCGAUCAAUGAGUUUAAUCGGCGGCUGAUGAACGAACAGGAACAGCAGCGAAUGCGCCGUGAGCGAGAAGAGCAGGAAGAUAAUUUGGCGGAAAUUUACAAUAAUCUUACGAGCGACAUUUUAACCGAAAAUCCGGACGCGGCGAAAAGUAGCUUUGGACCUAAUCGUGUCAUUACGGCUCAGUACAAGGGUAUGUCCCCGGAGGAAAUUGAACAGAUACGGCGGACGCAAGAAUUGCAGCUGGAAGAGCUUAAACGGAAGCGGCAAAAUGAGACCAAUACGCGAAAAGCAUGGGAUCAGCUGGCAAAUGAUUUUGAUCGGACGGUUACUCUGAAGGAGCGUGAGCUGACCCGACGAAGGCACGCACUGGCCGAACAGAUUAGGCAAGAAAAUCAUCUACUGUCGUUGGAACAACAGCGCAAGCUGAAACACUUGGAUAAGGUCGUGUACCAGAAUCGGCCAACGGAGGCUUACUUUGAUCAAUUCAAUACCUGCUCACGAUAA